AGCGGGCUUCGUUAUUGAAGCGACCGCUACACCUAAAGAUGGCGGCACACUCGCUGUGCUGCUUUCGGCGAAUGCCGGAGCCGUGGCUACUUUUCUGGGAGACAUCUAGGAAAAUUCCGCUUCGAGGUUUAGCUUCUGGUCGUCCGGCCUUCGGUUCCCAAUUCCGAAGUGCAUACAGUUUGGACCAACUCUAUCAGCCACAGGAAAAGGAAGCCGACACCGCAAAGGAUUUGGCAAGCCAGACAAUUCCAGAGAUUCCUGUGGAUCGUUUGUCUGUUUCCUAUUCACGGAGCAGUGGCCCAGGAGGCCAGAAUGUGAAUAAAGUGAAUUCAAAAGCGGAAGUCCGAUUCCAUUUGGCAUCAGCAGACUGGAUCUCCGAAGAAGUGCGACAAAAAAUGGCAGUGCUGCAAAAACAGAAGAUCAAUAAAUUGGGAGAGCUAAUAAUCACUUCUGAAGUGAGUCGCUAUCAGAUGAGGAAUUUGGCAGAAUGCUUACAAAAGAUCAGGAACAUGAUUGCAGAAUCCACUGUGAAUCCUCAUGUUAUAUCUGAAGAAACUGCUGAGAUGAUCAGAAAAAGGGUGGAGAAGAUGAAUAGAGAACGCCUCCGACAAAAAAAAGCACGAUCUUCUUUGAAGCAAAGUAGACAAGUGGACUAUGACUGAACAUCUCUAAAUAAUGCAAGAACAUAUUCCUUGGACUCUUUUAUUUCCUAGAUGGAAAAGAGAAACUACUUGUGUUCUUUACAUUAAAAUAAAAAAAAACUGUAUCAUCAAAAUUUGCCCUU